AUGACAUCGAAACCGGAAGACCUUCGGUUACUUGUUUCGCCUAGUUUGGAGCAUGAGAAGUUGAGGGAUUCUGAAUUAGAAAGAUUAAGAAUAGUGCCUACUUUAAAGACUUUCUUUGGUGGGAAUCCAGUCCACGAAGAUAAUAUGAAUAAUUUGAAUGCACUUCUAAGAAAAUACAUAAAUUUACCUACCAAGACCCUUCAAACACAGGAGCUUCAAAGCUUCAAGCCUGUUUCUUUUGAAGAAUAUAAAGAAAGAUGUAAAUCUGGUUCGAGACUAAAGACCAAACACCAUCGUGAAUUAACUGGUAUUUUAAAUAGAUUGAGAAGUAUUGAUCGUCAAUUAAUGCCUGCUGAUGUUGCCGAAACUUUGAGAGAAUUCAGUUCUUCCAAAGCUGAUUUGUUUGGUGCUUCUGAAAAGAAAUUACAAUCAUUAGAUACUUUUGGUAGAGCUGUCACCGUCGGUAAGAGAAAAACUUCUAUUGCAGAUGUUUACUUAGUUAAAGGUGAAGGUCAUGUUAUUAUCAAUGGUAAAAGUUUAACUUCAGCUUUCCCUAAUGACUCUGACCGUAAAAAGGUUCUUUUCCCUUUUAAUGUUGUUUCACAAGAAGCCAAAUAUAAUAUUUUCGCCGAAGUUAGAGGUGGAGGUGUUAGCGGCCAAGUUGAGGCUAUAAUGUAUGGUAUUGCCAAAGGUUUAGUUGUUCAUAAUCCUUUAUUAAAAUCAAGAUUGCGUAAAGCAGGUCUUAUGACAAGAGAUAAUAGAAUUGUCGAAAGAAAGAAACCUGGUAAAGUUAAAGCUAGAAAAUCCCCAACUUGGGUCAAACGUUAAUACUUUUGGUGCAUUUUUACUCUUCAAUCUACAUUUCUGUACUUAUAUCAUCUUUUC